AUGGCGGAAUUCGAUCAUCUCCGUCCGCAGCGUCGCUCGUCCUCCCAAACCUCUUCAUCCUCGCGCCACAGCCAGAAAGCUAGAGCCCUGCGAACCAAGGCACAGAAACGCCACUCCGCAUCGAACCCGGUGACCGCGACAGCAACGGCCACCGAGUCCGAAACCGAUCUGACGUCUUUUCCUUCGCUGUCCCCCGAUCGCUCGCCCAACGGAUUUUUCGGGCAGCCCGCGUUGAACCGUGCGCUGACUAGCGCGUUACUGAAUGGGGCCGAUGGAAAUGAGAGUGCGAUGGACCAUAACCGGGAUCGGAGGGUAACGCUGGCCAGGCUGACGACCACGGGCUCGCACAGCUCUGGCCGCGCGGCUUUAUUCGAGGAUUCCGUGCCGAUUCGGGACUUUCCUGGCGCGCUUCAUCUCGCUGAUGAUGCGCAUAUCGAGCGGCUGGUUGCGAAUAAUGGUGCGGUGAAGCUUGUACGGCAGUUUGCGAGGGACCUGGCACAGCGUGAUGCGGAGAUUUCUGCGUUGCGACAGCGUGCGGAUGCUAGGGAGAGGGAGCUCAAGAGGAUGCUGCGCGAGGCGUCCGUUUCAAACAAGGAUAUUGAGCGAAGGCUCUAUGCGUUGGAGAACUCGCCGAAGGAUAGUGCACAGGAGAGUGACCACGAUCAGACGGUCAAGGGUUCUGGGGUUGGCGGGCUUAUGCAGCAGGCGAUGAUCGACGAGGUUGGGUCGCAGCCGCGGGGCUCUGAUGGCGAUGACGACGAUGACUUGGAUACCACCGUUCAGUCUACGAUCCGCAGGCCGUUCCGGAAAGAAAGCGACGCCAAGUCAGGGACUUCUAGCAUUGCGUCUGAGGUUCAAAAUCGGAAACGUGGAGGUUCUCUGCGCGGUUGGCAAGAUUUCAUCUUCGGAAGUGCCGCCAACAGCCGCAAGACGAGUCGAGCGAGCAGUAUCAUAUCUGAGCUUGGAGAGGAUGAGGCGGAUGGCUCUAUACAGAUACCGUCUGGCAACGUACCAAACCGACGGAAACCGCUGGACGAACAGUUGUUUCAGCAACCUGUUGAAGGUCAACCGGCAGAUAAUGCCAGCAUGCACUCGCGGAAAUCUUCACGAUCGGUGUCGUCCUGGACGAUGAAGCUGUUUGCCGGAAACCAGUCUCGGGAUGAGAGUCCCGUGGAUAGAAAUCGGGGGAGAGCUUCUUCGACGCAGCGGGAGAGGAAUCGGGGCCCUGCUCCAAUGCCUGUUACGAAGCAUGGUAUGACGGCCGUCGCGGCGCUCAGGCGGAUAAACAGUAAUACGAGCGUCCAAGGAGCCCAGGGGCGGCCGAAUGGUUCAGGGACGGCCCCCAGGUCUGGUCAACUUGCCCGCAGACAACCAGCUUCGAGUAUCUCGCAAGGAACAGGCGCAGAAGUCGCGGCGAAGAAUCCUACCAAUCUCGGUCCGGUUGAGAUGGACGCUAUCCACCCGAUGGAGUCUCGGCCUCCGACUCUUUCGCCUCUUUAUAACAACUACCUUGGUGGUGAGCUUCUAACAGACCGCUUCGGUUUCAUCUAUGACCAGCGUCGGAAGAGGCGACAAAGGGAGGCUAGUAUGCUCAAGCAUAACCGACUGAGUAUCGCAGAGACACUGGAUACCUUUCGAAGUGAUACUCCGGAUGUUGACGAGCCUAUUGCCCAUGAGCGGCUGCCUUCGACUGCUGGAUCUUCUCGCUCCUCCGGCCCAGCUUCGCCGAGUGAAUCGGAAGGUUCUCAACGGUGGCAAGACUACUUGACGAUACCGUCCGUACCGACAGAGCUGCUCUCGCAUACACCUUCUGCUGGGCCUAUAGUGUCCCUCACGACAGGCGAGGAUGCGCCGCGAAAUAACGUAGUCGCCGUUGACAAGCGUGGCUCGGUGUCUGUCAACUCAAAUACUCAGCCAUCAGCGUCCACGUCUGCGGUUGUCGCAGAUCGCCCGGAGUUUGCUGGAUCAUCGGCGGAUGAAGUGGCAGCUAUUGCUUCGGGUGGGGAUCAUGAGCCUGUCAAGUUGCUCCUUGAACAGCUGACAGACCUUCACGACUGGCUGCAACGAGAACGGACUGUGCGUUGGAACGAAUUUCUCCGCAAGGUACGCGCCGAGCGCCGCAAAGAAGGAGAGGCUGCGGCUGCGGCGGCGUUGGCGUCGGACCGUCCGCUCAAGGCUGUGGAUAUGCCGGAGGUGUCCCUAGCUGACGGCGAGAUGGUGGGUAUCUCUGGUCUCGGCAACAAAGGCAAGGUUGGCCGUGCGAAGUGGCGAGAAUUCCGGAAUCUCGUCCUCGGCGGAAUUCCAGUCGCAUUACGAUCCAAAAUCUGGUCUGAAUGCAGCGGUGCUUCGUCACUGCGAAUCCCUGGAUACUACGAUGAUCUGGUCAAAGGAAUCGGUGGCACUGAUCCCGACGACUCGGUCGUAGCCCAGAUCGACAUGGACAUCAACCGAACCCUAACAGACAACGUCUUUUUCCGCAAAGGUCCCGGCGUCACAAAGCUCAAGGAAGUCCUUCUUGCUUAUUCGCGCCGCAAUCCCGAGGUCGGCUACUGCCAAGGCAUGAACCUCAUCGCCGGUUCGCUGCUUCUCAUUACGCCCACCGCAGAAGAUACCUUCUGGCUACUGGCUUCCAUGAUUGAGAAGAUCCUACCGAAGCAUUACUAUGACCAUGGUCUCCUGGCGUCUCGGGCCGACCAGGUAGUUCUGCGCCAGUACAUCUCGCAGAUUCUACCCAAACUUUCCGCUCACCUGGAAGGUCUGGGCGUUGAACUCGAAGCCCUGACCUUCCAGUGGUUCCUCUCCGUGUUCACCGACUGUCUCUCCGCCGAAGCACUCUACCGCGUCUGGGAUGUCGUCCUUUGCCUUGACGUCGCCAGCGUCGUAAACAAGCCAGCCGCACCCGCCUCAAACUCCUCUCCAUCCAUCAUCCGAGACACUACAAGCACGCCCCCGUCAACAGACACAAACUCGGAAAAUACAAGCGGUAGCGGCAGCGGCAGCACAUUCCUCUUCCAAGUCGCCCUCGCCCUCCUCAAACUCAACGAGCAACAACUCCUAACGACUUGCUCCACACCCGCAGAACUAUACACGUACAUCAACCACUCGAUGACGAACCACGCUAUCAGCAUCGACGGCCUCAUCCAGGCGAGCGAGGCCCUACGGAACGUGGUCCGACCCGAAGACGUCGUGUUGAGGCGCGCGGAGGCGCUCAAGGAUAUGUAG